AUGUCUCCGCAGGACGCUUGGUGGAAGAACGCCACAAUUUACCAGAUUUAUCCAGCCAGCUUCAAGGAUUCAAAUGACGACGGAAUUGGUGACCUACCUGGGAUUCAGAGCAAGCUCGAUUACAUCCAGUCAUUGGGUGUUGACGCGAUCUGGCUGUGUCCCAUGUAUGACAGCCCACAGUAUGACAUGGGAUACGAUAUUGCCAAUUACGAGGAUGUCUAUGCCCCGUACGGCACGGUCGCCGAUGUCGAGGCUUUGAUCACCUCAUGCCAUGAUCGUGGACUGAAAAUUUUGCUAGACUUGGUGAUAAACCAUACGUCGCACCUGCACGCCUGGUUCCAAGAGUCACGUUCCUCCAAGUCGAGCUCGAGACGCGAUUGGUAUAUCUGGCGGCCUGCCAAGUAUGAUGCCGACGGAAAACGCCGUCCUCCCAACAACUGGCGCAGCAUGUUUGGUGGGAGUGCCUGGGAGUGGGACGAGGAGACACAGGAAUACUAUUUGCAUCUCUUUGCGGUCCAGCAGCCAGACCUAAACUGGGAAAACCCGGCAACACGCGCGGCCGUGUACGAGUCAGCUAUGGAAUUCUGGCUAAAGAAGGGAAUCGAUGGCUUCCGAGUCGAUACAGUCAACAUGUACAGCAAAGAUCAAUCAUUCCGUGACGCUCCAGUUAUUGAUUGUCGGCUUGAGUGGCAGCCCGCCGCAUCGCUGUACUGCAAUGGGCCUCGUAUCCAUGAGUUCCUGAAGGAAAUGGGCCAGAUUCUGCUCAAGUACAACGCCAUGACCGUGGGCGAGCUACCACACACGCCACAGGUUGCUGAUGUACUUUCUUACGUCUCCGCGCAGGAGAAGAAGCUCAGCAUGGUCUUCCAGUUCGACAUAGUGGACAUUGGUAUGGGUAGCAUACGAUUUGACACCGUCCCGCGAAACUGGACGCUAUUGGAUCUCCGAAUGUGUGUAGGCCGCACACAGGCUCUCAUGGACGGCACGACCGAUGGUUGGAGCACGACGUUCCUAGAAAAUCACGACCAGGCCAGGUCAAUCUCCCGUUGGGGUAGUGAGGCAAGCCCGCAGCUCUGGGCACGAAGUGCCAAAAUGCUGGCUAUGCUUGUCGCGAGCUUAUCUGGGACUUUGUUUCUCUACCAAGGCCAGGAGAUUGGCAUGGUUAAUGUCCCUGUUGAAUGGGACAUAAGCGAAUACAAAGAUCUCGAUAGCCUUAACUAUUACAAGUUCGUGCAGAAGUUGACGGGCGAUGAUCCCGCUGCACUAGCAGCAGCGAAGCUGGCCCUGGCUCACCUUGCACGCGACCAUGCACGAAUUCCCAUGCAAUGGGACAACACGCCCAAUGCGGGCUUCACUAGCGCUGCCGUCAAGCCUUGGAUGCGUGUGCAUGAUAAUUACCCAGACUUAAACGCGAAGCGUCAGGCCCUCGACCCGACUUCUGUGCUUUCGUUCUGGCGUGAGCUGCUGCAGGUCCGGCGUGCCCACCCGGAGGUAUUUGUGCGCGGAGUCUUUACUGAUAUAGAUCCUUUAAAUGAGUCGGUGUUUAUCUUUGAGAAGGCAGCGAUAAAUCAGAAGCUUAUUGUCGCUCUUAACUUUACGGGCAGCAAGCAGCCAAUUGAUUUGGCGGCGUGGCUUGGUUCGACACCAUACAAAGUACUGAUUAAAAAUCAUGAGGAGGAGUCACUCGAUGCGCUACAGGCAUAUGAAGGGCGUGUCUAUCUCGUGAAUAAAUAA